CACUUGUCGGCGCCCUGCCCUCGGGGUGGUGGGGGCUCCCCCCUUCUGGAGGGCUCCGAGCUCGGCGUGCAGGCCACCGCGCUCGCGCCGAGCCCGCCCCAGUACCACAGCUCGCUCCUCCAGGAGAUGAUCGGCGUCGUCCUCCUCUUGCUGCUGGCGGCCGCCGGCCUCGCGGUGGCCGCCCUCCUGAUCCGCUUCUCGCGCGCCGUGUCCGAGUUCAGGCGCGUCCGCCGCAUGACGGCCAAGCUGCCCGGGCCGCCCAUGUACCCCGUGAUCGGCAGCGCGCUCGAGAUGGCCUGCAGCCUGGAGGAGGUCUACGACCGCCUGCAGUCGCUCACGUCCACGUACGGACCACUGUUCCGCAUGGCGCUGGCGCACGUCACCUUCACCGUCGUCCUGCACCCGGACGACAUGGAGGCCGUCAUGACCAGCGGCAAGACGUCGGACAAGUCGGCGGUGUACGGCGCCCUCGAGCCGCUCAUGGGCACCGGGCUCGCCAUCCUGGGCGGGGACGUGUGGCGCCGGCACCGCAAGGCCAUCACGCCCAGCCUGCACCUCGACAUCCUGCGCGACUUCGUGCAGAUCUUCUCCAAGCAGGGCGCCGCCUUCGCCGACACGCUGGCCGAGCUCGCCGACAAGGGGGAGGUGUUCGACGUGACGCCGCUCAGCGGAGCCUGCGCCAACAACGCCAUCUGCGAGACCGUCAUGUCCUCCGACGUGGACGAGGACGACCCGAUGAAGCGCGCCUUCCUCGGCGCCAUCCCCAAGGCCCUCGACCACUUCAUGUACCGCGUGUGGCGGCCCUGGUUCCUCAGCGAGUGGGCCUACUCGCUGCACCGCUCCCAGUUCCCGGACUACGUCGAGGUGAAGGACGCCCUCAACCUGUUCACCCAGAGGAUCAUCCGCGAGAAGAAGGAGGCGCUGAAGAGGAACGGGCCCCUCCCCCAGCGGAGGCGGCAGGCCUUUCUGGACCACGUGCUGUCCUCCGAGGAGGGCGCAGCGCUGAGCGACGCGGAGCUCGCCGAGGAGGUUAAGACCAUCGUUACCAUAGCCUCGGGCUCCUCGAUGGACGCCCUUACCUUCCUCAUCUACACGCUCGCCAUCCGCCAAGACAUCCAGGACAAAGUUAGACAAGAGUUGGACGACAUCCUGGGCGAGGACCGCGAGCGCAUCGUGCAGCACUCGGACCUCGCGCACAUGCAGUACACGGAGCGGGUCAUCAAGGAGAUGCUGCGCUUCUUCAGCGUCGUGCCUGUGUUCGCGCGCACCGUCACCGAGGACUUCCCGCUGCCGUCCGGCUUCACCAUCCCGCGCGGCUGCCAGGUGGCCUUCUGGCUGCCCUACGUUCACCGCAACGCCGAGUGGUUCCCGGAGCCGGACAAGUUCGACCCGGACCGCUUCCUCCCGGACAACUCGCGCGGCCGCCACCCCUUCGCCUUCGUGCCGUUCAGCGCCGGGCCCAGGAACUGCAUCGGCCAGCGGUACGCCAUGAUGUUCCUCAAGACGGUGGCGGCCGCCAUCGUGCCGCGGCUGCGGUUCGAGGUGCCCGACGACGGCCCCAAGCGCCUCGAGGACGUCCCGCUCAUGGUCAACCUCACCAUGUCUGUGCGCGGCGGCGCCAACAUUCGGGUGCACCGGCGCUGACUGGGCACCCCGAGCUCAUUUUGAUGUGUGCGUUGUGCGUGUGUGUGUGAGUGUGUGUGCGUGUGUGAGUGAGGGUGACCCUGACUGCGUGGAAGUAAGUUAAUUUAGGCUCGUUUCAGUGCGGCUCUGCUGUAUUUAAGGAGUCUGGAAAGAACAAAAGAAAAUAAAAAUAAAGCGUGAACACACGGUGGGCGCGCCGCACUGAAGGUGGAUUUGGUAUGGAUUUAGUAUCGUGAGGAACCCUCUCAUUCAAACUGACUUUUAAUAUAAAGGUCCAUAUGAAUAGUUUCGGAGAAGAAAGUUUGAAUUGGGCUGUUCAGGCGGUUAUUCAUGGACUUCAUGUGUUUGUGUAUGUUUUAUUGUUAUUUUUAAUGCCAGAGUACCUGUGAUAAUUUUAUUAAAAAUGGACAAACUUUAAAAUAAAAAAAAUAGC